AUGAUGAACGUUCUCCGGUCGAUGUUUGGGGUGUGCAGCAGCUCUGCUGAGAAGGGGGAAGUUCACGAUAUGAUCAAGAAGAUCUUCGGAAGUGAGCUGGUCAUGAAAGAUAAUACGGAUAGGCACAAUCAACGCACGAAAUACGUGAGCCACAUACGAGAAAAUCUCCCAAAAAUGCUUGAUGCUAAGAUACUAAGCCCUAAAUCCAAAUCUUUGAAAAAACAUCCCCAAGCUAUCGCUGAGAACACCGAAUCAACGGACGAUAGGCACGGUCGCAUAGGUCCAAAAAUAGUCGUGUUCGAUGCGUCAACGGGCACUGGUCGACUAGUACUAGUUGGAGACGAGAGGGUCAGCGUUCAGGGCCUGUCAAGCUUUGCGACAAUUAAGGCAACAUCCUGUGUCUUCGCUGGUAAAUGGAUGUAUGAAGUACAGUUGGGAACAAAGGGAAUUAUGCAGAUUGGUUGGUGCACGGCAGCCUGCACUUUUUCAAUGGAUACGGGUGUCGGCGAUACAGCUAAUUCCUAUGGCUUCGAUGGAGGGAGAGUCCGAAAGUGGAAUGUGGCCACGUCACCGUACGGACAAACGUGGCUGCCUGGAGACGUGAUCGCGUCGUGUAUCGAUAUGGAUAAAGGCACUUUGGAAUAUUUCAGGAAUGGAGUAUCACUCGGCGUUGCGUUUGACAAAGUGACACAUGGCUCCGGCCUCGCUUAUUUUCCCGCCGUCUCUUUAGCGAUGCAGGAACAUUUAUAUGCCAACUUUGGGCAUGUGCCUUUUGUAUUUCCAAUAGAAGGAUACGCGCCGCUCCAAGCCGCCCCAACUCGCGACUGUGUUAGAGCAGCGCUUCUGUUCAAAUCUGUGGACGCCAUAUUGGAUGAAUUAACCAGAUUAUCAGAUCUGUCGCCUCCCAUUAUCGCGAAGAGCAGCAAGAUAAAAUCAGAAUCAUCUAAAGUGGAAGUAGCUCUCCGCAUCCACAGCACAGACUCGGUGUACUCGCCUCGUGCCUCUCCACAUAAUAUGCAAGAUGGACAGGCGCAAGAUAUGAAGAAAAUGUCCAGAAAAGCCUUUCUCAUGUCUUUAGCACGUCUGGUCAUCAUAGAACUCGGUGGGGUCCUCAAACAAUCAUAUGUGGUGGUAUCAGAAUUGCUGCCCAGAUUUAGAGUCGCUCUGGGCUUGCCUUCUAAAGGGUUGAUGGCGGAACAACACGCUAUUGAGUUUUAUACUAAAGCAAAGGAGGAUAAUUUUUCUGGACUCGCGGAAAAAUUCCUUUCCCAGCCGCAGCCUCGGCUUUGUGGUCUGCUUGAACUGUUAUGGACGUUCUUGGAUGAAGCGGCAUUAUGUGACAUAUUGGAGCACUGCGUGGUCCGCGAGUGUUUAAUGUUCGAUCUGGUGUCGCCGGAUAUGAACUUCACCAAGCAAAUUGAAGGCAUUUACGUGCUCUGUGGACUAAUGCAGCACAGAGAGACGAGGCAUCAUCUCGUAAAAUAUGUAUUUUUCAAUAAAAUAACAUUCGAUAACUUCAUGAACGUGAAAUGUCCAGAUGAUAGCGUGCUGAAGACUGUUGUACGGAAACCGUGGUGGCAAAGGCCAACUCCGGUUCAAGGGGAGACUGAUCCUAGAAUCGCCGAAAUGACAGAAAAAGGCAUGAUACGUGCUAGUAGACUAUAUUCUAUUCAAUCAAAGGUACUGCUUUCAGAUAAAUUAAAAAAACAAACAAAAGAUGAUUCCAAAUUAGAGGCUCAAUAUAGAGAAGAUUGUGAUAAGAUAACUCAAGCAAUUGCACCUUUGGAACGAGUUCAGUUGGAAUUUCUCUUAAUGCUACUGGACAACACCGAUGGCACCAACAUGGUCCCAUCUACUAGAAAGAUCUUCUUGGAAAAAUUUCGAAGAUACAUAAUGGACAACUGCAUAUUGGAUAUGCGGCUGUUCAACGUGUCCCGAAAUUCGCCCGCCAUCUCGUGGUGUUGCCAUGCGCGAUUGCUCACAGCGGUGUUGCAAUUGUGGCAUGAAAACCCGCUCGGAAACUCCAAUAUAGCUCCGCAUAUACCACCAAGGACGUUUAUUGAUGGCGAACUGGAUUUCUAUAAUGUGGAUCGUUUGGGCGGAGUGUUACCAUUCUUAGUGAGAACUUUACGGCAAGAUCUCGUUAACAUUUUGGGCGAGGACAAUCCUUUUGUUCAAAGCUUCGAGCCGAAUUACAACCGGGCGGGGGGAAUCGAUACAGGAGUGAGCGACAUGACGGCCGGGUCUCCUGGCUUGGCAACGCUGCCUCAAGUUAUAUCAUCAAUGGCACGCUUCAUGCACGCAGCUAUGCCACCGAUUCCUAACCGAUCAACAGGAGAAACAGCAUUAGCGCUUAAGGGCACACGAUCUAUGAUGCCGGGAGCUGGCUCCAUCGAUGUGAGAUCAGCGUAUCUCAGGCUUCUCGAUGGACUACUCGCUUUGUACCAUGGGGCAGCUAUAAAACACGCCGAAAGGCUCUGCGAACUACGUGAUAAUCAGAUGGAUAUGGCGGAUUGCUUACACGACAUUGAGCAGCGAAUCACCGCGGUCUCCUCUGAACUUCAACAUGUUGGAGGUGCUAACGGAGAAUUAACUGAACAGGAAAAGAUACGAAAGCUGUUAAUGGAAAAGAUAUUAAAGGAACUGGAGAGAUCCAAAGCUGUUUAUGAGGAAAAAUUAGAAGCAAGUGCCUUACAAAUGGCUUGGGUGAUCGGCGCCAUCUGGACGAAGCAGAGACAGCAGGAGCUUGCCAAGCAUUUCGCUGGGACACUGCACUCUUUGCGUCUCGCGUCAGAUCCGGAUUAUGCAGCUAAUAUACAGGUGGCAAGUAAAGAAAUACUACCAGGAAAAAGCUCACUCUUGGGCAGAGGAAGCUACGCAUCCCUACAACUUGAAUAUACGUCGAGUUCUGAUCAAAGCCCACAAAGCCCACCUUCCAGGACAACAACACCGAGAGCUGAUUCUAAUACGCACGUGGAAACUGCCAGCAGUGGAACUCAAGAGUUUGCCGAGUCUCUUUUCGCGUUUAUACCAGAAUAUCACGUGGAUGCGAUGUUGGAAUUGUGCAAUACGUUACGUUUGUAUAUGCAUCCCACUGUGCCGGUUAUCCAAGUGCCUGAAUGGGAAGAGCUAGUCGUCUCAUGCGCAGCGUUCCUCUGCUCCGAGUUCGCCGACCCCCGCAUAGUGCUGGCCAGCACGCGGGAGUCGCUGGUGCAGACGCUGGCCUCGUUCGCCACACAACCGGCUACCAUGCGAGCGAUAGAGAGAGUGCCUCUGAAACAGCAAAUGAUUAUGAUCGAGGAAUUAAUUCGGCCGUACCAAAAUCGAGCAUGGGCGCAAUCGAAUUGGGUGCUCGUUAGAUUCUGGCACGGAUCCGGUUUCGGCUUUCGGCACAGACAAUGGCCGCAUUUAGCUGCAAGGUAUGGCGAUAGAGAGCCCACUGUUAACAAUUUGGGUGCAAAAGUCGAUGCUGGCCUUAUGAGUCAAUGUUUUGGGCCGUGUCCAUCAGAAGUGAUACAAACUCGAAUUGGAGACUAUCUAACAUCACAUCCUAAAGAAGCAGCCCUCUUCCUCAAUUCUCUGCUCAGCCAAUUGAAUUGGGCCUUUUCGGAAUUCUUUACUAUGAUGCAAGAGAUGGACCGAGUCCAAAUAGACUCGCAUCUCGAGCCGCGGCAAAUAAAGCUGUGUGCUACGUGCUUUGAUCUGUACCACGGGCUGGCGCGAGCCCUGGAAAUGGCAAUGUGUCUGGCACCGACGUUAUUAACUAAAUCGGAGGCCAGUGAUAACCAGAAUGACCUGUUGCUUGGCAGAACAUGUCAGAUCCUAAUGGCAGUAAUAUCAAGAGUGUGCAUCCGCGGUGGUGGUAGCGCCGGGUUCAGUAGACUAGUAGCCAGAGGGCUACCGGAUACUGACCGGGUGCACUACUACGUGGCACUGGCGCCAGUCGCUGGCUGCAUCGUGAGGCUACUGGAUCCUAGGCUGCCUGCUGAUCAUCUGAACAAAGUGGCGAGCUCACUUGUGUCGGAGCCCCUGUUUCGCUUGGAUGGCCUCGAGUUUAUGCUGUCUAAGGAUGAUAAACAUUUCUCUUUUUAUAAAUACCCUGACGACGUAACAGUAGAAGAAGUGAACGCGUUAAACGCGGCAAUAGACCGCUUACGUAUAGCGCGAGAUAACUUGGUGAAGUCGAAAUCCCCUGGAUCGAGUGGCGCUCAAUCUGACCUUCUCUGCACUAUAUGUUACGCAAGACCAGCUGACACGGCGUUUAUGCCCUGCGGUCAUCAUUCGUGCAGGGCUUGCAUUAUGCAACAUCUGCUGAACAGCAAACAAUGUUUCUUUUGCAAGGCGGAUAUCGACUCGGUGAGGGAAAUAGAGCCAGCGAACAAUUAG